AUGAACGACGCGACUCCCCGACUGCGGUCCGGGUUCCCAGCAACCCCGAGAUCCGCCCACAGACGAGAUGCAGCAUCCCAUUAUCAGAAGACGCCCGAAUCGAUCAGCUCGACGUCGUCAUUCGGCGGUGGUCGCUCCUCAGCCAAGCCGGCCGCUCUGCCUCUGGCUCCCGAGAAUGCUCCCGCCCACGCCCACACCAGCCAACCCUUGAUACCCUUGACCGUCCUCGAUGCGCCCCAGCAGCGUCUGUACGCCUUUUGUGUAUACACUCUUCUCUGGGCCUGGAAACUGUACGACUGGGCCGAUGUAGCUGAAGAAGGGGUCGGGUCUUGGUCCAAUUUUGCCAAAUGGGUCGUAAUCGACUUCGCCUUUCUGUUCCUGCUGCCAGAGCUCAGGAUCCCCUGGCUAGAGCUGUCGCAGUCCGUUGUCAUCGGACUCUACGGUGCACACAUUGUCAUUGACUGGUUUCUCAUGUUUCUCAUCCCUAUCCCCAUCCUCUCUUGGCUACUCGCUUUCGUCAAAGUCCUCUACGAUCGAGAGAUUUCAAUCUCGGAACACAAUGUCAAGGUCUCCAGCAUUCUCAAUAACCACUCCCUCAUUAUGGGAAAGCAAAUCAUCAACAUUUUGCCUGAGGGCUCGGCCGUCCUCAACCCCGACCACGAAUCCAUGUGCCUGUCGCCCAAGUCGAGGUCGAGCCUGGCACUUCCCAUCAUCUUUAAUGCCACGGUGCCCGCCGAGAUUGAGAUUAUUCGCAUCGACAUAUCCACCAACAAGGAAGAGGUCAUCAAGAUUCCCAACCGCGAGGUGAACAAGAUCGCCAAGAUGGUCCGAAACCAGAACGCCGACCCUGGCAGCGAUGGUUUCCGUUGGGACUACACCGUCAAGAAGCCCGGAAUAUACCGACUCGGAAAGGUUCUGGACGAGUACAAGCUCGAGGUGCAGAGGUCGAACAAGGACACCUACGUCGUCCCUUGCCCGCAGGCCAAGAUUCUCAGCACCCUCUCUGACGAUCGCUGCGUCCAGGACUUGUCUGAUCUGUCGCUCGAGGUAAGCGGUGUGCCGCCGUUGAAGAUCGUGUAUAGUCGCACAAUCAACGGCAAGAACCACAGUUUCCACUUCCAGAGCCUGCAGCCGGACGGCUUCUCCUCACCCCUACUGGGUUCAGCUGCCCCUGAAGACGGUCAGGACAUGACUUGGGUACGUCCCAGCAAAGUCUUCGUCGGGUUGAACGAGUCAAUGACCUCUUCUGGUGAUUGGGAGUACACGGUCGACGAGGUCCACGACGCUUUCGGCAACGUUGUCAAAUACGACGUGCCAGAAGACGACAAGAAAUCGGCCCUCGCUCACAAGUUCACCGUCAAGGAGCGUCCCAAGAUCCGUAUGCAGGGAUGCGACCUCAGAAACGCCCUCAAGAUCGCCAAGGACCGCACCGCACCUCUUCCCGUCAGCUUCAGCAUGGCCGGCCAGCUGGCCGACACGUCCCACCAGAUCAGCUGGGCCUUUUCUCCCAUCGAUUCCCUGACUAGCAGCGGAGAUCACGGAGAUAAGGUUUCGCACGGCAGUCACACGGCACGCAACUCUCGGGACCGCCCCAUGGUAUCCGCGCCCGGCCUGUACACGCUCAAGUCCGUUACUAGCGGUCGCUGCGAUGGCCAGGUUGAGGAGCCGUCAUCGUGCCUGGUUCUGAACCCUCUCGAGCCUCACCUGUCCAUCAGGACCGAGGACAUCUCAGACAAGUGUGCGGGCAACUCGAUCGGUCUCCGCGUAGACCUAGAUCUUGUCGGCACGCCUCCCUUCAUUGUGCACUACGACAUUACCAACGACGACGGCGAGGUGGAGAAACGGAGUCACACGGUGCGUGGGCUUAGGUCGCAGCUCGAGUUUGUUCCCAAGAUGGCCGGGCGUCACAAGUACACCUUCAGGUCUGUCGACGACGACGUUUACAAGAACAUACCCGUCACCGGUGACGACAAGACUCUCGAGCAGGUUGUCAAGCCCGCAGCCUCUGCCCUCAUAGCGUCCCACGAUAGAGUCAUUAGCGCAUGCCUCGAGUCCGAGGUCGAGACGGAGGUGUACAUGUUUGGCGACCCUCCGUUUACGCUUGAGUGGGAGCUCGUCCACGAGGGGCGCCGCCAGACCCAACGCGUCGCCGAUAUCUACGACCGCAGCUACAAGAUCAAGACACCUACUCUCACCAAGGGCGGCGAGUAUGUGCUCGCCCUGAGCAGCGUCCAAGACAUUCGCGGCUGCCGCACCUUCCUCCAGGACCAGCUCAAGAUUGCAGUCCGCCGACAGAGGCCCAGAGCCGCCUUUGGCGUGCUGGAUAAGACCCGCUCCAUCAUGGCCGUUGAGGACACGCCGAUCCGCCUGCCGCUGCGGCUCCAGGGUGAGGGACCCUGGAAGGUUCAGUACCGCAAUCUCAACGACAGCAGCAGCUCGCCGGUUGAGAAGUCGCUUGACAGUCCCAACGGCCACCUCCUCAUCCGGUCGCGUGGCAUCUGGGAGAUCACCAGCGUCUGGGACAACCAGUGUCCCGGGAUGGUCGACACAGCUGCGUCCACCUUUGCCGUCGACUGGUUCCCCAAGCCCCAGCUGUCCCUGAUCGAGUCCGAGAGUGCGGUGGCCAGCGCCGGCAAUGUCUUUGUCAAGAAAGACGUUUGCGAGGGAGACAUUGAUGGAUUUGAAGUCAGUCUUCAAGGCGCCGCCCCUUACCAUGUUCAGUACGAAGUCAAGCACAAGCCCACAUCCGGUUCUGGGUCGCUCAGCCGCAAGAGCUUCGACGCGGCUCUGUCCAAGGCUGCCAUCUCAAUGGACACGACCAAGGCGGGCGACUACACGUAUAAGUUUCACGGACUGGCCGAUAACCUGUACAACAUGGACAAGUCGUUCAACCCGCUGGUAGUGCAGCAACAUGUCAACGCCAAGCCGGCAGCUUCGUUUGCCAAGCCGGGACAGUCGUUCAAGUUCUGCACCGAGGAGCAGGAGCACGAGGAUACGAUCCCGAUCAAGCUCAGCGGCGUGGCCCCGUUCUACGUGGAGAUCGAAGUGAAACACCAAGCCGGUAUGGCGCCCGAAACAUACAGCAUCCCAUCAAUCAACACCAAGUCGUUCAGCAUGCAGAUCCCGCGCCAGCACCUGCGUCUGGGCAGCCAGCACAUCCGAAUCCGACGUGUCCGCGAUGCGCGCGGCUGCCAGCAAAAGUACGACGUGGGCGGCCCGUCCGUGCAGAUCCAGCUCUACGACGCGCCGUCCAUAUACCCUCUCGAAUCCCGACAGGACUACUGCGUGGGCGAGCGCAUCGCCUACACCCUGUCCGGCACGCCUCCAUUUGACGUGACGUACGACUUCAACGGCCGGUGGAACGCCAAGUCGCAGACGACGAGCUUCCGCCGCGUGGCCGAAAAGCCGGGUGAGUUCACCAUCACCAGCGUGGCGGACAAGGCGAGCGAGUGCCGCGCGGCCGUUAAGCUGCCCAAGACGAUCCACCCUCUCCCCAGCGUGCAGAUCAGCCAAGGAAAGCAGUCUCGCGUGGACAUCCACGAGGGAGGCGAGGUGGACAUGGUGUUUGAUUUCUGGGGCACACCUCCGUUCGAGUUUACGUACACGCGUAGCUCAAAUGCGCAGAGAGGCCAGAAGAGCACGAUUCUCGAGACGAGACACGAUGUGUCGUACGAUCACCAGAAGGUGGUCAAGGCUAGUCAGGAGGGUACGUACGAGGUUGUGGCUAUCAAGGAUCGAUUCUGCUCGUUUUCGACGCAGCAGGCUGUUCGGAAGGAGGUGAGAUAG